UAUUCUCAGUUUCAUUUCAUACGCACAUAAAUUUUGCUUCACAAAAACAAAAACACAAAAAAGAAAAGUUAAAAAACAAAAAACACCCUUUUUUUCUCAUCCCUUAACCUUUUUCUUUACGAAACGAUUCGUCGUGGUGACGAUCCGAUUCUCCGAUCGAAUCUCGUCCACCGACUGAGAGUCCGUCACCUGUCAAACCAGUCACACAGUCAUGAAUACCGAAUAUGACUACUUGUUCAAGCUUUUGCUGAUUGGAGAUUCUGGAGUUGGAAAAUCAUGUCUUCUUCUGAGAUUUGCUGAUGAUUCAUAUCUGGACAGUUACAUUAGCACCAUUGGUGUUGACUUUAAAAUACGCACUGUAGAGCAAGAUGGAAAGACCAUUAAACUUCAAAUUUGGGACACUGCUGGACAAGAGCGCUUCAGGACAAUCACUAGCAGUUACUACCGUGGGGCCCAUGGCAUUAUAAUAGUUUAUGACAUAACAGAUCAGGAGAGUUUCAACAACGUUAAACAAUGGUUGAAUGAAAUUGAUCGUUAUGCCAGUGAGAAUGUAAACAAACUUCUAGUCGGAAAUAAAUGCGACCUCACUGAUAAUAGAGCCGUUUCCUAUGAUACAGCUAAGGCAUUUGCGGAUGAAAUCGGCAUUCCAUUCAUGGAAACAAGUGCAAAAGAUUCUACUAAUGUGGAACAGGCAUUCAUGGCCAUGGCUGCUGACAUCAAGAACAGGUACUUUCCUUGUACAUUUGGCUUUAAAUUCUUCUGCAUUUUCAUUUUCAUUUUCAUUGUUUUUGGAAGAAUUUCUAGAUUGGACAAAACACAAAAAAUGAUUGUCAUAAUAGUUGUUUUCUUCUAUGAAGCACGGAUACUUCUACAAGGAGUCGUAUCCACAUCGUACCCAUAUCGGAUACAGACCUCGAGGAUACGUAUCAAAUACUUUCUAAACAUAUUCAAUACUUGUGUUAAUUUGAGAAGCGUCAGACUAUGAAGCACGGACACGGACACGGACACGAGACACGGCAAUUUCCAAAAAAUGGGGAUACGGACAUGGACAUGGCGGGGGACACGGCAAAUUUUAUUUUAUUUAUUUUAUAUAUUUUUAUGUGUUAUGUAGAUUCAUAUUACAUUCAUUUUAAAUUAAAAUUAACAAACACUAACAUAGUAACAUUAAUUGAAUAA